AGAAAUUUGAUUUUAAAUCUUUUAUUUUAUUGCUAUAAGAUAAUAUUCUUUAUAAAUUAUAUAUUUUUUCAAUUUCAGUUUGAUGUCCAUCCUAUGUUGUUGUCUGUUCAAAUGGAUAUGAAGAACAAAAGGGAUAUUAGCAAAGCUAUUAUACUAGCUUUUAUAAUGAGCGGGAGUAUCUGCCUUAUCACUUGCCUGCUGUGCUACCUGCGGCUUGGAGACAGCGUCGGCUACAACACCUUGCAAUCCCUCCCGCAGUCUUUAGGGCUCGACCUGGCUCUCUGCCUGUCCACUCUCCAGGUCUGUCUCUCCAUGGCCAUAGGCUCCACCUCGCUCUUCCAGGACAUCGAGCAGUCACUUCGAAUCCAACCAGAGUUCGGCUGGCGGCGGGCGGCGCUCCGGACGGGGACGGUGCUGCUGGCGGUGGCGGUGGGGGAGGCGGUGCCGCGGGCAGAGCUGCUGAUGGGUCUGGUGGGGGGGGCCCUCACCGGACAGCUCAUGUUCCUCUUCCCCCCGCUGCUCUACUGGAGGCUGCGCUCCAUGUCCUCAUCGACUCCUGGAUACGGCUCAAUCGGGAUGCUGUCCAUACCUCCUCCGGACCGCAGGCAGCACUUCUUCCUCAUCGCCGUCGUUGUCGUCGGUCUCGCUGCCACCUUCUGCUCGACGUAUUUCUCCUUCCGCAGCACUCUAGAGUAUGCAGAGUUCGUGCCUUCUUGCCUCAUCAACUCGACGGCCGCUUCACAAUUCGUGUCUCGAGUAUAUUAA